CCUAAUCACGAUCACUUUUUCGUGCGAAGUUUUCAAGUUCCUGGUUCAUUUCGAACACACAGCUUAAACAGAAGCUGCGGUCAAACUAUUCCCAAUGUAUCGAGCAGUGUGUACGCUAUUCCUAGCGUGUGUUGUACUCUCUAGUACCUUAGCGACAGACCCACCAGGACACCUUCAGCCUUUAGGCUCUCACCGGCCUGCCGAAGGUGAAGUUGACGCCGUAUCUAAGCCACCCUCUCCACAUGAGUUCUUCAACAACUAUGUUAUACCGGGAAAACCACUGUUAUUCAAAGGCGCUGCUAAGGCUCUGCCUGCUUAUAAGCUUUGGACGGAUGAGUAUUUAAGCUCUAAAUUUGGAGAUUUGAGGAUGGAGGUUGAGGAGGGCAAGAAGGAGAAUCGCUCAUGGGGAACAUUCAAUUUUAAAUUAAAGGAGUUUAUUAACAAGUAUAAAAAAGAAGACAUCUACAUGGUAGAAAGUUUGCAAAAGCCAAUGCGAGAGGAUUACAUGUUGCUUCAUAGUCUCGCUUGUGGCGGCUUCACAAAUGUUCUUCAAGAUGCAGUUAUGUGGUUCAGUAGUGGCGGCACAAAGUCUGUUCUUCACUACGAUAGCCUUGAGAACAUCAACUGUCUGUUCAGUGGAAACAAGAAUUUCGUCAUGAUAGACAAGAAAUACAUGAAUAUGACCCACAUUGACAGAAAGGAUGGAUCCUUCUCAAACGUAGAUGUAGAGAGGGUAGAUAUGCAAAAGUACCCUGGGCUGGGUAAGGUGCCGUGGAUGAAUGCCUCAAUGGAAGAGGGUGACUGUAUGUAUAUACCAUGGAGGUGGGUACACCAGGUCCAGUCUUUCGGUCCACGUAACCUGGCUGUUAACAUUUGGUGGGCAAGGUUCACACAGUUCAACCAGACCGACUGUGAUACCAGUAUAUACAAAGACAAAGACCUUGUGCCUCUUAGUGCUUUUGAGCUCAAGCCAAAUGAAGUUGUCAGACAAGAAUUUCUUGAGAAGACUGGUAGAAAACCGCUCACCAAAGAGAUAUGGUUGAAAGCCCUACGAGAGCAAGCAGAAGAGGUCUAUGCCACACUUGCAGACACAGAAAUUCUUUUGCAGAACUUUGCAGAGGUUGACGCUGACAAGGAUGGUCUUGUUACCCCUGAGGAGAUGAUGAGCCUUCACAGUAGGGAUUUAGAGAGGCUAUUAGGAGGAACAGUCCAAGAGGGGAGGGACGCAGAGGAUGGUGGGGGUGAUGAUGAAGAAGAAGCUACUGAUAAGAAAGUUGACCCAGAUGCAUUCAAAGACGAAUUGUAGAGGAUGGGCUUAAAAAUUGUGAUAAAUAAUAAUUAGAUCAACACACACAAGCUUGGCACAUGGUGAGGAAAAUUUCAUUCAUGCUCUUUGCUUAGUGCCUCUUCGAGGCCAGAAAGACACAGUUCAAGGGAAAUUUUUUUGCCUCAGUUGCUUGCAAGAUUUAAUUUUGUUUGAUCAUCAUCUGUAUACUGUGAGUUUUUGGCAUCUGGAUGCAGUGAACAAAGUACUUGCAUGAAAUUUCUCUCACUGUGUGUGCCAGACAUAAACAAGCACUUGUGAGCAGGCUAGAUCCUAAGUACCCUGGUUCUAUUUAGUGGCCAGCAGAGCUCAGUGCCAAUGAGGCUCUGGAACCGCACUAGAUCCUGCUCAGCAAGUUAAUUUGAAGCUUGUAUGGUAGCUACAUAUAAUAUUUUAUCCAUAGAAUAUAUUUUUAUCGGCUUAGUUGUCUUCUUACCAAGAUUGUCUUGAUGGGCUAGUGAAAGUAUAAAAUGUUUUAUGAUAAUCAAUUCAACUUGGAAAUUCAACAUGGACAUUGGAAAAUGCAUAGAAUUUGUGUAAAACAAUAGCUAAAUAGUAUCACACAGUACGUAUACUUCUCAUCCAAACAAUACAUAAUGUAAAUCUAUUAAUUUAGUGCUACAUAUUUAAACACAGUCAUAAGAUGAUCUUCAGUAUUUAUUUUUGUAAAGUAAAGGAAUGUUAGUAUAAAAAUGUAAUACCCAAUGCAAUAUGCAAAAUAAAACAUAAGUAGACCAUG